AUGACAGGUGCAAAAAUUUGUCAGGCUGAAAAGUUUAGGAAGGGUGCUUGUGAAAACCUGGAUUUCAAUAGAUUACCCAUAAUUCUAUUAUGCAACUGUUUUGGUUCAAAGCUGAAUAUUGUUUUUCAAUUUAAAGAUCGACAUAAGAAGAACAAGAAGAAUCAAAACCCAAUAAUUUUUACCUCGAAAGGAAUUAAUGGAGGCAUGGAACCACCUGAGGAACCACCUGCUAUCAAUUUUGCAUUUGUCAGUUCUGUGUUGCUUCCUGAUGGAACACCGAAUGUGCACUUUCGAGUAGCUUGUGGUGGGCAGAAACUUAGGGACAUUAUGUUGGAUUCUUAUAUUGAAUUGUAUGGACCAUAUUCCAGACCUCUGCUAAAUUGUGGGGGAGGAGGAACUUGUGGGACAUGCAUUGUAGAGGUCGUUGAAGGGAAGGAGCUACUAAACCCUCGAACAGACAAAGAGAAGGAAAAACUUAAAAGGAAUCCAAAAAAUUGGAGGCUUGCUUGUCAGACUACGGUUGGAAAACCAGAUUCGAGAGGCUUGGUUUGUAGUCCAUCGUCUUCCAUUUUUAAUGAAUUAUUUGAUUUUAAAACUUUAGUCUAA